AUGUCGGGGCGAGUCAAGGGCUUGGUGAUCGCGAGGUCAGGUCAGGCAGUUGAGGUCACGAUGGUGCGGAGGUCACAAGUAUCGUUAGGUGUUCUCUGUUCCCUCUUGCAAGCGAUCGCGAGCAUAAAUACCAUUGUAAGUCAUUUCCAUAAAGCAAAACAGCUCUACAUUCAGUGCCCUGGUUCCUCUCAGUCAGAACACAGUCGAUCGGAAGAAGUGAAAACUGCAGAUGGCGCUGAUGUUAGCCUUGAUGCUGUGCUGUUAGAUUAUCAAGGCAGGGAAGUGCAGGCAACAUUUUCCUCUUUGUCAGGGAUCAGCGAGGACCCCGCGCGGGAGGCUGGCGGAGGCGCGGGCGGGGAGGGCGGCGGGCAGGAGGCGCCCCGCGAUCCCAACAGAAUCUUCUGGUGGCUGACUUCCACCACCGAGGCAUCCGUUAGCACCGAAGCCAACAGCACUGCGGCCGCGACCGCGCCUGCGUCCACCUGCGGGGUUGGCGAGCGCAUCGUGGGCGGCACCGUCGCGGCUGCGGGAGCGUGGCCGUGGACGGCGGCGGUGCGCACCAAGAACGGCGGCCACUUCUGCGGCGGGACGCUCGUGUCGUGGCGCCACGUCGUCACCGCCGCCCACUGCAUCAAGGGCGGCGAGAGCAGGUUCCCGCUCAAGGUGUCGCUGGGCAUCCACAGCGUCCACAGCUCGGGCAUCUCGGCGGACGUGGCGCACGCCCUCUACCACCGUUCCUACGCCAAGGGCUCCGCGUACAGCAACGACAUCGCGGUGCUCGUGCUGACGAAGGCGGUGGGUCCUGCGUCCGGCGUGGCCCUUGCGUGUCUCCCUUCAUCAGGCGCCGCCCUUUCCUCCGGGUCGAAGGUGACGGCCGUGGGCUGGGGCGCCACCUCGGAGGGCGGCCCGUCCAGCCAGACCCUGCGGCAGGUGGAGGUCGACGUGCUGGAGAGCAGGAUCUGCAGGUCCGCCUACGGGCCCUCGUUCGACGCCCAGAAGAUGAUCUGCGCAGGAAAGGUGCAGGGCGGGAAGGACUCCUGUCAGGGCGACUCUGGCGGACCUCUCACCCACCAACAGGGCCGCUGGACUCUGGUGGGCGUGGUGAGUUACGGCAGCGGGUGCGCACGCCCGAACUUCCCUGGGGUGUAUACGAGGGUGUCCCAUUAUGUCUCGUGGAUAGGUGAAGCCAUGCGCGCCUAUCCUUAACGAGAAGGAAGAAUAGAAUCCAACGGACGAGGGACCUUAAGGGCUGCCAAUCAAAGAAAACGGGAAACGAGAUACUUUUCGAGCUGCCUAUUUCAUUUUUUUCCCGAAUAUGCUUUGUUUUUUUAUUUAUUCUCUUCCUGUUCUUGCGGACAUUGUAUUUAUUCUACAAUUAAAAAUCUGUUACAUCA